ACACACACACACACAAAAAAAAAAAAAAAAAAAAAAACUGUUUUUCCGUCAAAAAUGGCACAAACCAACAACAACCUCGUAAUAACAAUAAUAACCAUAAUGUUCUCCGCCGCAUUAAUCCAGUCAGCCCACCACAGCGGAGCUCCGGCGCCGGCAGCAGACUGUUCAACAGUGAUACUAAACAUGGCUGACUGUCUGUCAUUUGUGACAGCAGGAAGUACUGUUGUGAAACCAGAAGGAACAUGUUGUUCAGGGUUGAAAUCUGUGUUGAAAACAGAUGCAGAGUGUUUGUGUGAAGCUUUUAAAAACAGUGCUCAAUUGGGUAUUCAGCUGAAUGUUACCAAAGCCAUGUCUUUGCCUUCUGCUUGUAAAGUUAAAGCUCCAUCUGUUUCUAACUGUGGAAUGAGUCUUGGGACUGGUACUGCUCCUGUUCAAUCACCAAUGGCGAUGGGCAUGGCUCCAGGAAUGGCAUUUGGACCAUCAAUGGCUGCUGCUCCUACACCGGCUUCCCAAAAUUCUGGUUCAAAUGGGCUAGCUAUGUCAUAUGUCUCUGUUUUUCUCAGUAUGCUAUUAUCUGUUUAUUUCUAUUCCUACUGAGCAUAGUGGUUGAAAGUGAUAAAUUUUUUGAAAGGUGAAGCUGUGGGAUUAUGCACACGUAUGUAGUACUUAGAUGUGCUAAAUAUGUCUUCUAUUAGGAGAUUGCUAUCGUAUUAAUGUAUCUUGAAUCUUUGAUGUGCUACGGCCAUUUUAUUAGUAUACGACUUUCUUGUGUGAUUUAA